GGGCCCAGCUGUGGCGGUCUUUGGCCGCCCAGCGCGCUCAGCAAGGGGCCGCGGGUCCUCGGAACCCUUUUCCUGGGAAGGAGUGGGCCGCUGGGCAAAUUCUGAAACUACCCAGACGCCAGCAAGGGGUCUCAAGUGGGGCAUCCCAAGGCAAUACCGGGCAGCUGGUGAGAAGGCGAAAGGAUUCUGCCUUGGUCCCAAACUCUCAGGACCAUGUUUACACCCAAACCCCAGCCCCCGACGCGGUCGCCUCCACCGUUUUUCUCGCAACUAGGCCACUUAGCCCCAGCCGGCCUCUUCCUUUGGGGUCCCUGUCUUGCUCUGCCCUUCUUACGUCCUGGGCUAAGGAUGACGAAGAGGUCAGGAAGAGGAUUUCAAACUUCUAAGGGAACAAGGAGAAGCGAAGGCUUUUCCUUCGAACCCUCGGCUUAGCCUUACCGGCUUGGCCUGGAUGCUGUGGAUGGGCCACUGCAUCCCGGUCAGGAAGCAGGCCAGGCUGAGCUCACAGGGGAAACCCUUUGCAAUCAUUGUUUUUCACACACAUCUCCAACCUCUCCCCCAUUUCCGUCCCCAACUCGGAGACUUGCAAAGCCCGACUAAGGGAAGAGCAACUGAAUUUUUGGUCAUCUUAUCCAGAGUUGUUAUAAUAAUAAUAAUAAUAACGACAGGGAGAAGGACCGAUGCACAGACGAACUCCACUCCCGAGAAAGUGGGUAAAGGCUCAAUCGGGUUUCUCCUCUAAAAGAUUCAACCCUGUAGGUGAGCCUAGGCCGGGUUUCGUUCGAGCCCCGCGGUUGCACGGAGCCAGCAGGGAGGCAGCUGUCGCCGCCAUGGCGGUCUGCGGCCCGCGCUCCCGCCGUUCGCCGGGAGGUGGCGCGCUCUGCUCAGAGGCCGCCGCCAACCUUCUCCCUGUUUCUCCCCCUUCUCCUUUUUCCCCCUCUCUCGGAGGCUCGCAUUGAAUCGGCCCUAACGAUUCUCGGAUCGUCAUUAUUUGUAACCAUAGAGCAUGAAUUACCUCUUGAGGUCAUCAGCGAGAAUUUACGACUGGUCAACAAAAGCACGUGAUUCCCUAACGCCCCCCCAUCCCCCUUCCACCCCCCCCCAUAUUUGGCCGCAUACAUAGCAAAACGAAGUACAGUGCAUCGCUAUAAUUCAUUAAUACAUCAUAAAUCGUGAAGCACAGGGUUAUAACGACCACGAUCCACAAAUCAAGCCCUCCAAAAUCACCCAAAUGAGCUCGUACUUUGUAAACUCCUUCUCGGGGCGUUAUCCAAAUGGCCCGGACUAUCAGUUGCUAAAUUAUGGCAGUGGCAGCUCUCUGAGCGGCUCUUACAGGGAUCCCGCUGCCAUGCACACCGGCUCUUACGGCUACAAUUACAAUGGGAUGGACCUCAGCGUCAACCGCUCCUCGGCCUCCUCCAGCCACUUUGGGGCGGUGGGCGAGAGCUCGCGCGCCUUCCCUGCGCCCUCCCAGGAGCCCCGCUUCAGGCAAGCGGCGUCGAGCUGCUCCCUGUCCUCGCCCGAGUCCCUGCCCUGCACCAACGGCGACAGCCACGGCGCCAAGCCCUCUGCUUCGUCCCCCUCCGACCAGGCGACCCCGGCCAGCUCCAGCGCCAAUUUCACCGAAAUAGACGAGGCCAGCGUGUCCUCGGAGCCCGAGGAAGCGGCGAGCCAGCUAAGCAGCCCAAGCCUAGCUCGGGCGCAGCCAGAGCCCAUGGCCACCUCCACAGCCGCGCCCGAAGGGCAGACUCCGCAGAUAUUCCCCUGGAUGAGGAAGCUUCACAUCAGCCAUGAUAUGACGGGGCCGGACGGGAAAAGGGCCCGGACCGCUUAUACCCGCUACCAGACCCUAGAGCUGGAGAAGGAGUUCCACUUCAACCGCUACCUGACGCGGCGGCGGCGCAUCGAGAUCGCCCACGCGCUCUGCCUGUCCGAGCGCCAGAUCAAGAUCUGGUUCCAGAACCGGCGCAUGAAGUGGAAGAAAGACAACAAACUGAAAAGUAUGAGCCUGGCUACAGCCGGCAGCGCCUUCCAGCCCUGAGCCCGCCGGGAGGAGCCCCGGGCGGCCCAAGAGCCCGUGCUGCUCCCAGCCCUGGCCCCUCCAAGCCUCCCCACGCUGCCGCCGCCCGCAGGGGACCGGUUCCCACGAGCCUGCCUCGCCCGGGCCUUGUGCUACGAUUUUUCGUUUGGUCUUAAGUCUUCCUGUGGCUCCCUCUCUCUUGGACUGGUUAAUCUUGUUAUUAUUGUAAUAAUAAUGAUAAUUAUUAUUUUCCCACCAUGCUCCCCACUCCCCUCUGCUCACCCCAAAUCCGCCAGUGUUUCUGAACGUUCGUGUCUGUGGUUGCACUCCUUCCCCCAGGAAAAAAAGAAACUCGCAUGUUUAAUGUGAACUUUCCCCUCCCCAUCUGUGUUCUUCUAACUUAUUUAUAAAAGGAUGAUCGCUGUAUUUUGAGUUUCAGCUAGAAACUUCUCUAAAAGGGGCAGCAGUUGAGGUCGGAUAGUGCUGCAGCGCCGGGCCCAGCUGAGCUGGCCUCGGAGACCGGAGUCCAUGACUGUGUCUCAUUCCACCUUCCUCUUCCUCCUCCCUCCCCACUCCCAGGCCCAAGUCUCCCAAGACUUGGUCCUGGGGUGGGAGGGGACCAGGGAGGACCAAAGGGGUGAUGUUGAGAAGAGGGCCAGUAAAUAAUGAGAUUUAAGUUCCUGCCGCCUGGGUAGGCCACACAAGGCCUGGUCUUGGAGCAUCCGGAAACAAAAAUAAUCCUCAGUGUAAAAUGUCUUGUGUAUUUCUCUGUGAAUCUAUGGGUCUGGCAUAGAGGGCCCAAAGCUUGUAAAUAUGGGGAUAGUCUGGGUCAGAUCUAUCCUCUCCUCCCUACCCAUUUCACUUCCAAGACCAUUUGUAGUGAGCGAGUGGAUGCUGUGCUACAUGUAAAAUCUGUCUUUGCCGGGCGGGCCUGUCUCAGUGAUUCGCUUUUGGUAUUUGUUUGUAGCUUUCCUUGAAGUCAAAUAAAUGUUUCCCCUCCUCCACUGCC